CAUAAACGACUCAGCGAUGCCGUUGCUUCGCUUCUGGCGUCGUAAAGUCCAACGACGGGCCAGCGAUGACGGGCCGGUCUACGUACUCGACCUCAACAGCCCAGCUGCAUCGGUCCGAGAACCCUGCACGUCGGAUGCAGUGCACUACGGCGAGAAGGGCAGCACCGAGGGUCGCAGCGUACUCGUCCUGUCCAUUGCGGUCGGCCUGCUAGCGGUACUGGCAGUCGGCUUCGCCUUGGGAGUGAUCUUCAGGGAGACCGCGACUCUGGCGCCGCUCGAACCGAUAACCGACUUCCGCUACAAGGGGCCGCAAGUCAACAGAGAAAAGCUUGCCUACCAUCAUGUCAAGAACAAAACACCUACCGGCACGAACGGCGUCCAGGGGCACGCGCAAACCUAGUGGGAGUUCCCGCCGUCUACAACAUUUCCAGUCGCCGAGCACCAAAGCCAACUGUUCGAACAGACCAUUCCGCCAGAAGUCUGUUGCCCAACACAGAUGACCCUCCAUGGCUGGCUUAAGA